GUACAGGAGCUCCGCCUACUCCACUAACAGUGCUGUGUCGAGCGUGGGGUACGGCGCGGGGCCGAGUAUGCAAUAUGGGUCUUAUGGACACAGACCGGGAAGUGGGAGUGGGAGCGAGUCGGGCAGGAGCAGUACGGAUAUGCCUUUGGUUCCCGGGCAAGGCGUCCAUUCCCGCGCCACGUCGAUCACUUCCCGUUUCUCCCUCGCCCCCGACCCGAACAGCUGGGGCCAGUUCCCGGAACGCGAGGAGGCGGACGAUUUCCUCCAUACGCCCGAUCCGAAGCGGGACUAUAACAAAGAUCGAGGGGGGAACAUCUUCACUCUCCGAGGGCUGGAGAAUGUCGGUUGUGUGAUCAUCCUGAUUGUAGGGCUUAUCGUCCUUUUUGCCGGGUUCCCGAUCAUCUCCUUCGUCCAGCAGCACACGCAAGCCACAAACGGGGGAUACAAUAUCGGCGGGAUAAACAGUACGGGCCAGGUCCCGCAGCUCAUCUCCAACGUGGGCGUUAUCGACGUCGCCACCCCUCAGACGGCAAUGACGCACAACGGGCUUAUGGACGGGUCGGAGUACGACCUCGUCUUCAGCGACGAGUUCGAGGUUGAUGGUCGGUCUUUCUACCCCGGUGAUGACCCUUACUGGGAAGCGGUGAACCUGCAUUAUUGGCAGACUGGGAACUUGGAGUGGUACGACCCGCGCGCGGUCACCACUGCUGGGGGAGCACUCAAGAUCUGGCUGAACAACACUGAGGACCGGGGCGAGGCCUAUACGGGCGGAAUGGUCUCUUCCUGGAACAAGCUCUGUUUCACAGGAGGGUACGUCGAAGUCAGUGUCUCCCUUCCCGGCAAAUCGAGUGUGUAUGGACUAUGGCCCGCGGUGUGGACGAUGGGCAACCUCGGCCGUGCUGGCUACGGAGGGAGCUUGGACGGCAUGUGGCCGUACACAUACAACAGCUGCGAUCUGGGCACGUUGCCCAACCAGACGCUGAACGACGGGCCUCCAGCAGCGCUGAACUCCGGCGACCCGAACUGGGGCGGAGAACUCAGUUUCCUUCCUGGCCAGAGGGUCAGCGCUUGCACUUGCCCGGGAGAAGACCAUCCCGGACCGAUGAACUCUGAUGGGACGUUCCCGGGAAGGAGCGCCCCAGAGCUCGAUAUAUUCGAGGCGCAGGUUGAUGAGGGCACCAGAGUGGGCUAUGUGAGCCAGAGUGCGCAGUUGGCACCGUUUGACGCUUGGUGGAUGAUACACAACCAGUCCGACGCGGAUUUCAAGUUGUACAACACCGGUAUAUCCGAGGUCAACUCCUACCACGGUGGAGUGUAUCAAGAAGCCGCCUCCGUGCUAACGCAGACGAACCAAAACUGCUACACGGGCAACACAGGCUGCUUCUCCACCUACGGAUUCGAGUACGAGACAGGUGACAACGGGUACAUCACCUGGGUGUCCAAUGGCCAACCCGCGUGGACGCUCUACGCCGCCGGGCUGGGGCCGAACACCUACACCCAGGUCAACCAGCGGCUCAUCCCCGAGGAACCGAUGUACAUCAUCAUGAAUCUUGGUAUAUCACCUAGCUUUGGAGCCAUCGAUUUUGCGGACUUGGUCUUCCCUACAUGGAUGCUGGUGGAUUAUGUGAGGGUGUACCAGAAGCCUGGGUCGAAGAAUAUCGGAUGUGAUCCCCCGGACCACCCGACGGCGAAUUAUAUUGCCGAGCAUCCGGAUGUCUACAACAACCCGAAUAUUACAACCUGGGAGCAAGCGGGGCAGACGUUCCCCAAGAACCGCCUGAAAGACCAAUGUUAG